AUGCCCAUCCUCAAAAACCUCCCGGUUCGCCUGAAGGGCGGCGGUCCGACCUUAGACAACGCUUUGAUCCUGCGCAGGAUGAGCCUCAACAUCAGCCCCCACCACCACAACCCCUUCGACGAUGACGACGCCAUCCACAGCAACGGCGGCCACGGCAACCACUGGUCGCCGGGCAGCUCGCUCCUGGACGGCGACGUGCCUCGUGAUCGCAACCCGUUCGAAGACGAGGAGGACGAGAACGAAGCCAACGAGGGGAAGAGGGGCGGGGUCGGAGGAGGAGGCGGGGGCUCGGUCAAGGGAUCCUUCAAGUUUACGUCCCCGCUGAAGACGCUGGGGAAGCUGGGAAAAAACCUGAGGGAGUCGGUGCGGAGCAAAGGCAGCGGGACGCCCUCGCCACAGGGGUCGCUGCAGGGAACGCCCUCACCUGCAGAGAAGAAGAAGAGAGGGAGGCGGAGCUCCGAAGGGAGUCUGCUCAGGUUUGCGGGUAAAUACCGCGACACCCUGAGCUCCCGAAAGGAGUCGAUCACCAACGGCGAGCUGAACUGUUCGGAGAGCGAGUGUGACUCCACCAGCCGCCGCCUGUCCUUCAUGAAGAUGGUGGGUUUGGGGAAACACAAGAGGGAGUCGAUGGCAGACCACUCGUCUCAGGGUCCGGAGGAGGCGCCGGUGCAGGAGGCGGUGGAGGAGGUGAAGCCCCGGGAGCCGCUGUCCGUCCUGGAGAUCCUGCAGCUGGUCAAGAGGCGGGACCUGUUCCUGGCCGACACCCACAUCCUGGAGCUGGAGCAGGAGUGCAAUGAAUCGGAGCAGGCGGACGACGCAGCGGCGCCAAGCGUCAAAGAUGGUGGCCGACGCAAAGCAAAGGACGUGGAGCUGCUGUACGAGGAGCUGCAGAAGGAGCUGUGGGCCGUGGUCAGGGAGUCUCUGCGCUCGCCCACCGCCGGACCCAACCUGGGCCUUGUGGUGCAGGUUCUGCAGCAGGAGGAGCAGGUGGACCGGGAUUGGGCGACCACUGAGGGGGCGGCGCCCGGCGGCCCGAGGCCUCGCAGUCUGAAGCGGCGCUGGUCGGAGGCGGUGGCGGAAGCGGCCGACGGGUCGCUGCCCCAGAGGGCGGAGUUCACGGCCGGCGAGCUGGGCGGGUACCUGGACCGGCUCCGGGCCCGGGUGGUGGAGGACCUCGGUGCCGCCAAGAGGAACGUGGUGUCUAUCUACCCUGAGGACUACCAGCCCGUCCAGGUGUAUGUUCAGAGCUACCAUCAGGCGGUUGCUAGGCGACUGGAGUCCAUCACUGAAAACCAGCUGGAGAUCACAGACAUCUACUCUCUGUUGGACUGGUUACACAACAUCUACGACAGGGACGUUCUGGGGACGUUCUGCAUCACGAGUCCGUUCAGUCGUACUCAGCUCAGUCCUCUGUUGCCGUCGGAGACCGUGGACCGUCUGGAGCUGGACUGUCUGAACUCGGUCCGGGCCAAGGUGACGACGGAGCUGAGUCAGGUCCUGGACGACGAGGAGAGGAGGUGGAUGGAGACGCUGCACAUCGAGGAGUUCCACAUCCCUCUGGCCCAGACUGUCAUACAGAGGCUGCAGGUGGACCUGGAGCGGUCGGCAUCCAUCAACAGAAGUCUGGGGUCCAGGGUGGCGCAGUGCAGCCUCAACGGCCUCGCAGACUUCCUGUACAGUUUCCAGCGUAAAGUGGAGAUGUUUCAUGAAGGGAUGCAGAGCGGGAUGUUUGGAGACAACGAGGAUGGAUACGUGUCCAAAACCAUCGCUCUGGUCAACUGCUGUCCUCCGUUCAGGGGCUUCGUGCAGCGUUGUGCUCAGUGCGAUCCGUCUGUCAGCGAAGACUCUCUACGUCGAGCGAACAAAGCUCUGGACAACAUUGUCCAACAGGGAGUCAGAGUCCUGUCGGAAAGACUGUACACUACUAUCAGGCCGUUCUUCGACCGUCUGGUGAAGAGGAAGUGGCUCAGUAACACGGAGCCGUUCGACCAAAUCCAGGCUCUGAUUAAAGAGUAUUUUAAGAAGUAUCAUCGUAUGGACAGUCCCCCGUACCAGGUCCUGGUUGCCGAGGUCCACCGCCGCGUCGUCAUGGAGUACCUUCGCUCUGUGAUGCGAGGGCGAAUCAUCUGCACGUCUCUGAAGAUGAGGAAGAGGACGGCCGGACGCCUCCGGGACGAAGGAGACCACAUUAAAGUCCUCUUCAAGGACCUGGAGUCUCCGUCCAGCUGGUUGGACAGCGCUCUGUCCCACAUCUCAGAGAUCAUCCACCUGGAGGACGUCCCCUCAGUCCAGAUGGAGGUGGCAGUCCUGGUCCGGGAGUUCCCCGACAUCAGGAAGAAGCAUGUGUCGGCCAUCUUGAACAUCCGUGGCGUAACUCGUCAGGUGGAGCGUCAGGAGAUCCUCGACAUCGUCAAAGACAUCGAGAGCGACGGCGGCGGCGGCAGCCUAGCCCGCCUCUCCAGAGACCGAAGCCUGUUCGCCGAAGUCCCGGUCACGUCCGAGGUCCACUGUCUGAACCUGGGCCUGAGCCGGAUCGCCCUGACCGCCUCGUCCUGCUUCAGCUCGCUGCGGCCGCGACGCCGCAAGACCAGGACGCCUGUCCAGGAGAACCCGGACGACGUCCUCUGAGGACAACCAGGACGACGGGAGCUGAUUGGUUUGGACAAAACGCUGCUUCUACAACACGUCAGCACCGCGACAGGAUUAUUUUUCAGAGCGUUGAUUUACAGACUUAAAGACUUUAAUCUCAGAAAUCCAGAUUUUUUUCUCGGCGUAUUUCCUCUGGUUCAUCCAUUUUUAGUUCAGUCUGCCCUAAAACGGUGCCCUAUACACCUGAUUUUAGCAUCAGUUAUGAAUAAUCAAACAAAAAAUCAUCAUCUUGGAUUUGAAAGACGUGAACGGAGGAUCGGACCGGACGCCAAAACAGAAAAGACCACGUUUCAUUCCUACGACAGAUGUUCGUUUUAUUGAGUGGAUAAAGUUCUGAGUAUAUUUUGACACAUAUCAGUGCAUCAGUUAUUAAAGUGCAUGAUGAAGGAGGAACCAGUUCUCAUGUUCAUUUAACUCCUGACACCUGGAGAAACCAUGAACGUCUGCUUUAAAGGUGAAAAUCUGUGUCAGACACUCAGAUUAGAAACAGGAUGAUGUUUGAUCUCAUUCGGCUUCAACUCUGAGCUCAGAGACUCUAAAUGUGGAGUAAAGUCUGACUAAACUGGACUGAAGGUCUGGUUAAACUGGACUGAGGUCUGGUUAAACUGGGCUGAGGUGUGGUUAAACUGGGCUGAGGUCUGGUUAAACUGGACUGAGGUUGGGUUAAACUGGGCUGAGGUCUGGUUAAACUGGACUGAGGUCUGGUUAAACUGGGCUGAGGUCUGGUUAAACUGGACUGAGGUCUGGUUAAACUGGGCUGAGGUCUGGUUAAACUGGACUGAGGUCUGGUUAAACUGGGCUGAGGUCUGGUUAAACUGGGCUGAGGUCUGGUUAAACUGGACUGAGGUCUGGUUAAACUGGGCUGAGGUCUGGUUAAACUGGACUGAGAUUGGGUUAAACUGGGCUGAGGUCUGGUUAAACUGGGCUGAGGUCUGGUUAAACUGGACUGAGGUUGGGUUAAACUGGACUGAGGUUGGGUUAAACUGGACUGAGAUCUGGUUAAACUGGGCUGAGGUCUGGUUAAACUGGACUGAGGUCUGGUUAAACUGGACUUAGACCUGGUUAAACUGGACUGAGGUCUGGUUAAACUGGACUGAGGUUGGGGUAAACUGGACUCAUGUCUGGUUAAACUGGGCUGAGGUCUGUCCAAACUGGGCUGAGGUUGGGUUAAACUGGACUGAAGGUCUGGUUAAACUGGGCUGAGGUCUGGUUAAACUGGACUGAAGGUCUGGUUAAACUGGAUUUAAAUCUCAUUGUCUCCUUUUAGUGGAAAAGUAUUCGACCUUCAGGUUUAAUUGUUGCACACGAUAAAGAACUUGUUGAAUCAAAGGUACUCUGUCGAUCGCUCUGAUUGUGUAUUUAAAGCAUUGAUUCUACUUAAAGCUUUAUUAUUAUUAUUAUGAAUAUAUGGAAUAAAUAUGGAUUCUUCUUCUUCUUUGUGGUGAAUAUGACAUGAAACGUGUGGGACAGAACUACAGACAGUUUAUGACUUUACAUUAAAUUGAAUUAUUAAAGGAUCAUUAUGGUGA